AUUAAUUCACAUAACUUCUCCCACUUUCAAUUUCAAUUCCAUUCUAUUUUCAUUUCCAAUUUGAAUUUCAAUUCAAAAAUGGAUUCAGCCAUGAAAAGUGAUAAACCACCACCUAGAGAAGCUUUGCAGAUGCAACACCAUGAACCACCACAAAGACCAAUAUGGCAAAUCAUAAUGGUUGCCGCGAUUGCAGCCGGUGUCCAAUUUGGUUGGGCCCUUCAGCUCUCUUUACUCACUCCUUAUGUCCAGCUUAUCGGUGUCCCGCAUACCUGGUCUUCAUUCAUCUGGCUUUGUGGCCCGAUUUCUGGUAUGAUUGUUCAACCCGUUGUUGGCUAUUACAGCGACCGAUGCACCUCCCGCUUCGGUCGCCGUCGUCCUUACAUCGCUGGUGGAGCCGGUCUGGUUGCCAUAGCCGUGUUCCUCAUCGGCUAUGCGGCUGACAUUGGAGUCUCCACCGGUGAUAAGAUCGGCGCGCCGACAAAGCCGCGCGCCAUAGCUAUCUUCGUCAUUGGUUUCUGGAUACUAGACGUUGCUAACAACACCCUACAAGGCCCAUGCAGGGCCUUGUUAGCCGACUUAGCCGGUUCAAAUUCUAGCAGAAUCAGAACCGGUAACGCAUUAUUUGCGUUCUUCAUGGGUGUGGGAAACGUGUUGGGUUACUCGGCCGGUUCCUACACUCAUCUCUACAGAAUCGUUCCCUUUACCAAAACUGAUGCAUGUGACGUAUAUUGUGCAAAUCUAAAAACAUGUUUUUUCAUCUCCAUAGCGUUAUUAGUAACAAUCACAGUCAUCGCUAUGGCGACUGUGUCCGAAGAGCCAUUUGUGCCAGAGGUCGACGAAAGUAAAUCGUCGUCCAAACAAAUGGUCUUCUUUGGCGAGAUGUACGCGGCCUUGAAAGGACUUUCAAGGCCCAUGUGGAUCUUGUUACUGGUAACAUGCUUAAACUGGGUUGCAUGGUUCCCAUUCUUAUUAUUCGACACUGAUUGGAUGGGUAAGGAAGUCUAUGGUGGUACCGUCGGAGAAGGUCAGUUAUACAACCGUGGUGUUCGAGCAGGGGCGUUGGGUUUGAUGCUUAACUCGGUUGUUUCGGGUUUGGCCUCCCUUUGUAUCGAGCAUUUGGCUCGCUGGUUAGGUGGUGUCAAGAGGUUGUGGGGUGGUGUUAACUUUCUACUAGCUAUAUGUUUAGGGAUGACGGUCGUAGUGACCAAAUUAGCUGAAAGUUCACGGCAGUUCACGACGGCACCUGACGGCACCGUCACCCCUCUGCCACCAAGCGAGGGUGUAAAGGCCGGAGCUUUGAGUAUUUUCGCCGUUCUUGGUGCACCACUCGCAGUAACUUUUAGUGUUCCAUGCGCUCUAGCUUCAAUAUUUUCAAACAAUUCCGGGGCAGGACAAGGUCUAUCACUUGGUGUGUUAAAUCUUGCAAUCGUCAUACCUCAGAUGGUGGUAUCGGUUCUUAGUGGACCAUGGGAUGCCCUAUUCGGUGGUGGCAACUUACCUGCAUUCGUGGUGGGAGCUGUGGCGGCCGCAGCCAGUGGUAUCUUUGCAAUGACCAUGCUUCCAUCACCACCACCCGAUGUCGUACUUUCAAAGGUUUCUGGAGGCGGGAUGCAUUAGAGUAAAUAAUGGUAACUACUCAAAAGCUUCCAACUGGGUCAGGUUGGGACAUUUAGGAUGAAAAAAGUUGUAUUUUCAUUUGGAUGUUGAUUUGUGCAUAUAUGCUAAGCAUGAUGCAGAAAUCAUUAGUGAUUCCCGCAUAUGUGAUGUUUGUGUUUAAGAGAAUGUUAUGCCAUUCCUCCAUUAUUUGUGUGAGACACCACUUCAUGCUUGAUGGAAUCGAGUCUUCGCUUUAUUCAUGUAUACAACUAUAUGUUUUUAGUUGGUUCAAGAAUAAAAAUUCAAAGUUUUACUGUU